AUCGCGGCGCCCACCCGGGGGAUGGGAGGGUGUCGUUAGUGCCGGUGCCUGGAGUUUCCUUCGGGAAUGGGUUAAUCUGUUGGCGUUGGAUGAGCAGAUGCCUGCACACCACGGUGAGGUUUCUGAGGAAGACUGGAACUGAGCAGAGGUGGUUGGAGCGGCACUUGAAGGAUCCCUUUGUCAAGGCGUCGAAGCAGCAGCAUUACCGUUGCCGAAGUGCCUUCAAGUUGCUGGAAAUUGAUAACAAGCUCUGUGUUCUUCGUCCAGGACUUUCUGUUCUCGACUGUGGAGCAGCACCUGGUGCUUGGAGCCAGGUUGCUGUAGAGAGGGUCAAUGCUUUAGGUACUGAUCCUGCUGUCCCCACCGGCUUCGUGCUUGGCGUUGACCUCCUGCGGAUUUCUCCUCUGGAAGGAGCGGUUUUCCUGUCGGAGACUGACAUCGCAGACCCCAGCGCACUGAGGACGAUCCAGAGCCUGCUUCCCUUAGGGAAGGCAGAUGUCAUCCUGAGUGACAUGGCACCCAACGCGACAGGCAUUAAAGAACUGGAUCAUCAGAAGCUGAUCAGUCUGUGUUUAGGCCUUCUGAAUAUAUGCCAAAGCAUUUUAAAGCCGAAAGGAACGAUGCUCUGUAAAUUCUGGGAUGGAUCUGAGGCCCGUCUUCUGCAAAACAGACUGAAGGGACAGUUCUGGGAUGUGAGAACUAUAAAGCCUCAGGCCAGCCGGAAGGACUCUGCGGAAUCUUAUUACUUGGCAAGGCUGUACAGGGGGAAAUGAAAGUCAAGAACUGCAGAUUCUCAGACAUUGAUUGGAAAUCUGAAUUUAGUGGGUGUUUAAAGAAAAAUCCCACCGUUAAGACCCUGGGAAAAUUUGCUACUCUUCUUGAAGUCCAUCAGGCUUUUUAAAUACCUGUGGACGAAAUGGUUUGGAAUGGAGAGGAAUAGUCCAAAAGGCAACCUCUGGGGCUGGAGUAGUGGAAAUGAAAAUAAAACGCUGAUUAUAUGUGUUUUUAAUGUGUGCUUGAAAA